GUUCGAGGAGUGACCAGUGGAUUGGAUGGGUCGGGCAGAAGGGUAUUCGAAAGAGCCGAUGGGACAAUGGUAUAUGAGAGACUGUGGCAAAUGGGUAUUCAUAUAUACCCAUCACUUCUGACCGACAGGCGGACAUCUGCGUAAGUUUAGACAUUCACAAUGCGGCCAUCAUGUUUUAGUAUUGUGGCUUCUUUGGCUGUCACAGCCUCAGCUUUUCCGGCGAAUAUCGACUUGGCGGCUGCUGGCUUUUCUUCUGAUGCUCUUCCCGAUCGGAGAGACUUGAUCUCGUAUUUCAAUGCUGAAGCUCAGUAUAUCGACACCACUGGCGAGCAUUCUUGGGUCGCUCCGACGACAGAAGAUGCCCGUGGUCCAUGUCCAGGUCUGAAUGCUAUGGCCAAUCACGGCUAUCUGCCUCAUAAUGGAGUCGGUACGAUUACAGACUUCGUGUUAGGCACAUUCAAAGUGUUCGGCAUGAGCCUCGAUCUAGGAGCCUUUCUUGCUGUCCUAGGCGCCAGCUUUGACGGAGACGGUACAAGUUGGAGUAUCGGUGGCCCACAUCCUGCCGUUGGUCUAGGGGCUACAGGUCUCAUUGGCAGCCACAACAAAUACGAGUCGGACGUCAGCCCAUGCAGACCGGACCUCUACGAAGCUGGCAACAACUACGAAGUCGUCCUCUCCCAAUGGCAAGAGCUCUACGACCUCCAAAAAGACGUCCCGAACGAAGACUCAAACUACAGCCUCGAGCUGCUCCGCGAAUUCCGUUCUCGCCGCUUCGAUCAACAGAUCGCCAAUAACCCAUACUUCUUCAAUGGACCAUUCACAGGAGUCGCCGUGCAGCCUGCGGCAUAUACGUUCAUCUACCGCUUCAUGGGCAACAAAUCCGCCGAACACCCCGACGGUCAGCUUACCAAAGAAGUCCUCAAAUCCUUCUUCGGCAUGACAGAGAAUGCCGAUGGCUCGUGGUCUGGUGGACGCGGCUACGAGCGCAUCCCCGAUAACUGGUAUAAACGUGCCAUCGGCGAUGAGUACAGCAUUCCAUUCUUCCAGACCGACUUCCUCAAGGAUGCUCUCGUCCAUCCGAAGUUCUUGGAUAUCGGCGGUAAUACUGGAAAGGUCAACACGUUUACUGGCGUUGACCUCGGGGAUCUAUCUGGUGGAGUGUUCAAUGUGAAGACGCUGGCAGAGGGCAAUAAUGCGUUUUGUCUUGCGUCUCAGUUUGCAGCACAGGCAGAGCCUGACUUGUUGAGGACUCUGUUGAGCACACUUGGAGGCGAGGCUGGCAAGGCGCUGCUUGGGCUCGGAUGUCCGCUUUUGACGAGGUUCGACGAUGACCAGCUGAAGGCAUUUCCUGGAUAUAGCCGUAGUCUGGAGGAGAAGUAGUAUGUUCUUGAAUAGGGUUGUGAAUCAUGAGGGCUAUGCUAGGCUAGAAUCGUGCACCAGAGUUCAUGUGCAGAAUUCCCAUCAGUAUCGCUUUUCAGUCCAAACCACGGUAGGUAUAUGAUGCUAAGACAAAGUGUUCACU